UGUUCUUUUUAAAGCGAGGCGGGAGGACGCUCGUUCCAAUCCGGCAGGUCGUGCACAAACGUCCCUGGUCGCUUCCAACAUGGUGAGGACUAAAGCCGACAGCGUCCCUGCGUCCUACAGAAAAGCUGUUGCUGCUGCUGCACCCCGGAAGUCUCUGGGCUCCAGCUCUGCCAAUUCUGCCUCUUCGGCCUCCAGCAGCCACCCGUCCACUCCUGCUAAAGGUAAAUAUGCAGGCGGUAACCCGGUGUGUCCCCGGCCCACCCCCACCUGGCAGAAGGGAAUCGGGGACUUCUUCGGCGGCCCCCCAAGGAAGCCUGAGAAGGAGAACCAGAGGCCUCAGGAGGACGAGGACGAGGAGGAGGCCGGGGGCAGCGGGAUGACCAGCAGGAAGUCUCGACCGCUUCCUGCUGACGACGACGAUGAUGAAUGAGGACGAACAAAUACGUCCACCUCUUCCCAUUGUUUUGUUUUAAUGUACAUCUGUAUAUAAUUUCAUUUUGUAUAGUUCAAUAAACGCUUUUUUUUUAAAAUAGUUUUAUUCUCAAAGCUUUCA